AUGACAAAGCCCAAUGUCAACCAUACUGGAGCGCGUACGAAGAGUUACUUCCCUGGGGUCCCAGCCAUAGCUUGGUACACCUACACAGUGUCUUACUUCCCAUUGGAACCAAUACUGCUGAGCUGUUUUAACGAUUCUCGAGCAUACAACUGCGCAGUGUACUCUCCGAACACCGCACCCGACUAUCCUGAAGCUUACCUCUUUUAUGCCAUGGACAUCUACAAGUUCCCAUUGCCAAGAGAUCCGAAAACUAUCUGGGCGUUGAUACACGAUGAGACCCCCAAGGUCAGACCAAUGUUCUUCUACGAGGAAGCGUUAAACCUGUUCAAUUUCUCGUCAACUUUCAGCAGAAACAGCGACGUCCCAAUACCCCUGCUUUGGAUGCGAAGUCUCUACCACAUUAAGAGCACUAAAUACUUCGUAAAGACUUCGACAAAGAAUAAGCUUCUUCCACAGAAAAUAGCACCAGUUGUGUUUCUCCAGUCGGAUUGUUUCACGUACACGGAGCGAGAGGUGUAUGUCAAAAUACUAAUGAAAUACAUCGACGUUGACUCUUAUGGAAGCUGUCUGAAGAAUAAGGAAUUGCCAAUGAAUUACACGACAUACGGUGACAAACUGUAUGAGGACGAGCUACUCAGGUUUCUGGCGAGGUACAAAUUUGUUGUCACCAUAGAGAACGCUGUUUGCAACGAUUAUGUGACGGAGAAGUUCUGGCGCGCGAUAGAGUUGGGCGUGGUGCCGAUCUACUACGGCUCGCCGCUGAUCAGGGACUGGCUGCCGAACAGCAAGUCGGCCAUACUGCUGGAGGACUUCCCCACGCCGAGGCUGCUCAGCGAGCACCUGCACUACCUCCUGGACAACGACACCGCUUACGAGGAGCACCUCGAGCACAAGACGCUGGGACGCAUCUCCAACCAGCGACUCAUUGAUGAGAUCAAGGCUCGGCCUUAUCAGAAUAGCUUCAGCAGUUUUAUAAGACACUUCCAAUGUUUUAUUUGCGAGAGACUGCAUGACAGAGACAGCACCGAGGUGAGUGUUGUGACCAAGAGGCAUUACGAAUGUUCUCUCCCGGUGUCGGCUUUGACCACUUCUGUCAAUUUUAACAAUGUUUGGCUGAAGAUUAUAAAGAAGCUAAAAGAACGAGUAGACCAGUUGUAUGUGGAGAUCGCUGAUUCAAAUAGAACUUCGAGAGCUUCUGAAACAAUUUGGUUGUGGGAUUAUUUAUUUACUUAA